AGGAAAACCUAGAUUGAAAACAUGUUACUACUUAUGUCCAUAUCACUUUUGGUUCAGGAACUUUUGAUGGCUCCAGCUGUGGACCUGGACCCUUGCUCAGCCUACAUCAGCCUGAAUGAGCCCUGGAGAAACUCAGAGUACCACGUGAACCAGUCAUCUAACAGCGCCCCCCUGUGUGACUCUCACGUAUCCGGGGAGUGGUACCGCUUCACUGGGAUGGCCGGAGACGCGAUGCCCACAUUUUGUAUCUCUGAGAACUACUGUGGCACCCACGCACCCAUCUGGCUGAACGGCAGUCAUCCCCAGCUGCAGGACGGGGCGGUGAGCAUGUCUGUGUGUGCCACUUUUAAUGGGGACUGCUGCCGCUGGAACGCCUCGGUGCAGGUGAAGGCCUGUCCUGGGGGGUACUUUGUCUACCGGCUGCCCAAACCCUCUGUCUGCUUCCACGUGUACUGCGGCCACUUCUAUGAUAUCUGUGAUGAGGUGGAGUGCAGAGUCCCCCUGUGUCCCCAGUCUGAAUGUCAGUGUGCUGCCGGUACUGUCCUGGGACCAGACAGACAAACAUGCCUCGAUGUGAAUGAGUGUGACGUGUCCAAUGGCGGCUGUGCGGAGCUCUGUGUCAACACUAAAGGCUCUCGUCGCUGUGAAUGUGGUCCUGGGCGGGUGCUGGCGGAGGAUGGGCUCAACUGUAAAGAGAUGGCAGGUUGUAAUGUUAACAAUGGGGGCUGCAGUCACAGCUGCUCCACGCUGCAGGACGACCAUCAGUGUCACUGUCCCCGAGGACUAGAGCUGGGUGAGGACAACCGCACCUGUCAGGUACCGGUGCAGUGUGACCCCAGCUCCAUCACUGUGUCCGUGCCCAAAGACCUGGUGGGGGGACUGGAGCUCUUCCUGUCCAACUCGUCCUGUCGCGGAGUCUCCAAUGGGACACACAUCAACCUGAGCUUCAGUCUCAAGACCUGUGGGACAGUGGUGGAGGUGACUGAUGACAAAAUAGUGGGGACCAACUUGGUGACGGGCCUCCCAAAGAGCAGCCCGGGCAGCAGUGGAGACCUGAUUGUCCGCACUAGUAAAUUAGUUCUACCAGUCACUUGUGAGUUCCCUCGGGAAUACCAGGUUUCGGAUGGGUACCAGGCCAGUCUGCGAAGCUCGGACUUGGAGUUGGCCGGACACAGCGAAGGCGUUUUUCCCUUCUCCCUGGAGCUGUUUAAAAGUGAAGAGUUCUCUGAGCCGUACCACAGCCCUCCUCAGCUCCAGCUUCACGACACGCUAUUUUUCGGAGUAGAGCCCAAAGAGAGACUGGAGGGUCUGUCUGCACUGGUGGAGAGCUGCUUUGCCACCCCAGGACCCAAAGCGGACGAAGCUCUGAAGUACUACCUCAUUAAGGAUGGGUGUAUCUCUGAUGAAACUGUGAUCCAGUACUCAUCAAAGGAUAAGCUUUCCAAACACUACCAGGUCCCUGUGUUCAAAUUCAUUGGCAAAGACAACAAACAAGUCUUCCUACACUGUCAGGUGUUGGUAUGCGGAGCUGCAGACUCUCGUUGUGCUCAACGGUGUCAGGGACGAGUCCGCAGGGAAGCCCCCCCACACAGCCCCCAGCAGCACUACACCAUGAGCGGUGGGCCUAUCUUCAUCAGACCAUAAGACAGACACAACAGCAAGAAAUAUGAGGAAAAGUAGUGGACAACAUUGUCUCAAUUGGGCUCUCUGGGCUGGGUGCACUCUCUGCCUAACCAGUGCUCCAUAAAAAAUACCAUAAGAACAGGAUCCUGCAUUCUCCUGAUAUAUUUUCAGACCUUAAAAAGACCUAUUUAAUAUCACCCAUGCCUGCACAGGUCAGUAGAUACUUGGUAAUGCUAUUUUGUUUGAUUGGAUAAGACUGGAUAAAGACUGGAAUUCAUACCAAUAAUACAAGUUACUUUACUUUUACAUUGCUGGGCUGUUCUUAUGGGGCUAUUAGUAAUGAAUAUUUAUAAAGCAUUAAUUUUAAGUUUAGGCAAUAUUAAACACAGUUGGUGUUGUUAUGAGCAAAACCAAAUGCUACAGCAACAAUCACCAAGCAAAAACAAACCAUGCAUAUGAACAAAAUGAACAGGCUAUUCAGUUUAUUGGACAUUUAAUACAAGA